CGUGACUAACUCCUACCUUUACCGAAAAUGUUGCAACCCAAAUUGGUGCCGUCCCUUGCUAUUUUAUUAUUCUCAUUCCAUUAUGUAGCUGCGGUUAAGAUUACAAUCCCACCAGGACGCACUGAAUGCUUGGGAGAGACGGUUGAAGCGGACCACUUCACGGUACCUGGAGGACCUCGGAUAGACGGACGCGUGCUGGUGAGCGGCAACAGUCAGUACUACGUACCCUUCGUCACAAUUCGGGUGCUCAGUCCGACCGGAGACCAAUUGUGGCAGCAGCAGCACGUGUACUCCGAAACCCACUUCAAUGUGGGAGCCAGGGGGCCAGGGUCGUACAAAGUCUGCUUCUACAACCCGUGGGAAUCCCGCACUGAGGCCGUAGUGGACCUGGUCUACUUCACAUUGGCUCACUUGCGGAGGGGCUCCGGACCCAUCAACAUACCCAAGGGGACCCAGGACGAUAGGAGCAAGGAGGUGGCGAGCCAAGACCACAUGGAGGAUGUACGGCGUACGAUCUACGGCAUGUCGGAGUUUAUGCAGGUCAUCCAGGGCAGCCAAAAGUUCCUGCAGCGCAAGCUGGAGCGCCACCAGCAGACCAUGGAGAGUAACCGACGGCGCACGCUGCUCUUCACGGGGCUGGAGAUGGGCGCAGUCAUCUUCGUGGGCCUGGUUCAGGUGCUGGCCGUCAUGGGCUUUUUCAAGCCGGGCAAGAACCUCAAAACGUUUGUGUGAAUGUGGUAGCAAUUGAGCAAAUUUUAUGGAGUCGUCGGGGGACUCACAUGGGGAACAUGCCACCCCCAUGGUUUGCCCAUCCCGAAGUAACGGUGUCCGCUUUGUUCGGCAGGUUGCGACGCAGCAGGGAUGUUCAGCAUGGCAACGGAGGCUGCUACUGUUACUGCAGUAGAAUAAAGGAGGGAAGGGAGGGGUAACUUCUGGGGUCGAGAGGCCUGGUUAAGACCGCUCUCAGAAGUACAUUUUCAGAGAUGACGUUAUGGUAAUGUCUCUGGCAUAUGUGGAUGACUGCUGGGCGGUAUGCGUGUAACAUUUAACUUC